CAGUGGGUCCCAUAUCACUUCCCCGGUCCAGAUUUUUCUCCUCUUCCCUCUUCUUCCUCCUCAAAUCUCCUCCUUCUUCUUCUUCUUCUGUGAACUCGCCGUCUAAUGAUUGUCUCUGCUUCUCGAUCCAUCUUUUGAGUGAUAUGGGAAGCUGCUGGUCCGAUGGCUCUUACGGUGGUGGUGGAAUGGUCGGUGUUGGCGGGACUUCUUCCUCCGCCGCCGCCGGCUUCGCCAGUCCUAACGACGCCGUUGACUACUACCUCAAGUCUCGCGGCUACAACGGCCUCUUCUCUCAGAUCGAGUUAUCCUUUUCUGCUUCCAAUUUGCGAGACCGGGACGUGAUUUCAAAGAGCGAUGCAAUGGUGGUUGUUUAUAUAAAAGGAAGAGAUGGAACACUUGCGGAAUUGUUCCGCACUGAAGUUGUUUUGAAUUCUUUGAAUCCUAAAUGGAUUAAGAAACUUACAAUCGGUUAUCAGUUCGAGAUUGUGCAAACGUUGUUGUUUCGUCUGUAUGAUAUUGACACUCAGUUUCAGAAUUCGAGGGAGGAGUUGCUUAAGCUCGACGAGCAACAAUUUCUCGGCGAGGCAACAUGUACAUUGUCUGAGAUUAUCACCAAAUCAAAUAGGACAAUUGCCUUAGAACUCAUGCAUAAAGAAGGUGUUACUGCACAGACUCAGACACAAAACCACGGAAAACUUAUCGUCCAUGCUGAGGAGUCUCUAGCUUCUAAGACAAUGACAGAGAUAGUAUUUAGGUGCUUGAAUUUGGAAUCAAUGGAUCAUUUCACUAAAAGUGACCCGUUUUUGGUGAUAUCUAAGAUUGUAGAGCACGGUGCUCCAAUCCCGGUCUCUAAAACCGAAGUCUUAAGGAAUGAUGCCAAUCCGCUUUGGAAACCAGUCUGUCUAAGUGUUCAACAAGUGGGGAGUAAGGAGAGCCCACUGGUAAUAGAGUGCUUAGACUUUAAUGGCAAUGGCAAUCACAGUCUGAUCGGAAAAAUUCAGAAGUCACUUUCAGACUUAGAAAAGCUUCAUUUGAGUGGCCAAGGAAUCAAUUUAUUCUUACCUACCGGUGUUGGACAUAAACAUGAAGACAGGGCAUUAAAGAGCCAGCUUUUCGUGGACAAGUUUACUGAAACUGUUCAGCAUACAUUCCUAGAGUACUUGGCGUCUGGAUUUGAACUGAACUUCAUGGUCGCAAUUGAUUUCACGGCUUCAAAUGGAAAUCCUCGCCUCCCAGAUUCCUUGCAUUACAUUGAUCCUACAGGACGCUUAAAUGCCUACCAGAGAGCAAUAGUUGAAGUUGGAGAAGUGUUGCAGUUCUAUGACUCUGACAAACGCUUUCCCGCAUGGGGUUUUGGAGCUCGUCCUAUCGACAUCCCUGUUUCACAUUGCUUUAACCUCAACGGAAGCAGUACAUACUGCGAGGUAGAUGGGAUUCAAGGCAUCAUGAAUGCCUACAAUGGUGCUCUCUUCAACGUCUCUUUUGCAGGGCCUACUCUAUUUGGUCCCGUGAUCAACGCUGCUGCGACAAUCGCAAGCGAGUCACUCGCUCAAAAUGCAAGGAGAUAUUACGUCUUGCUGAUAAUCACUGAUGGAGUGAUAACAGAUCUGCAAGAAACGAGAGACGCAUUGGUCAGUGCAUCGGAUCUCCCAUUAUCAAUCCUCAUCGUUGGAGUCGGAGGAGCUGACUAUAAAGAAAUGGAGGUACUAGAUGGAGACAAAGGGGAGAGAUUAGAGAGCUCGAGCGGUCGCGUGGCGUCACGUGAUAUCGUGCAGUUUGUUGCAUUACGAGACAUACAAUAUGGAGAGGUCUCAGUGGUAGAAGCGCUUCUAGCGGAAUUGCCUUCACAAUUUUUGACGUACAUGAGAAACCGUAAUAUCACUCCCACUUCUUCUUCUUGAUCCACCUCUCUACCCCUGUACAUACAUCUUCAACACAGCUCUAAACGCUGUCGUUUUUCCUUUGGCUUUUUUUAUUUGCUACUUGUCUGGAAUUUUUCCAUUUCGAGUAUGCCACGACAAAUCUCUUUCCAGACAAAUAUUAUUUUUAUUUAAUAUAAUUAUUUUCCCAAAUUACUA